AUCGUCUUGUCUUAUCUUCGAGGUGGGACAGAGUGCAGUGAUCAUGUAUUGUGGAGCCCAAGUCACCCUGUCCGUGAUGAGCGAUGAUUACGUCGCUGUCAUACUAGGUGCUCUAUCCUCAUUGGACCCGUACCGGAAGGAUUUGAGGAUGGAGACGGAUGACACGUCGACAUUGAUGAUUGGUCCGCCAGAUAUCCUGUUUGCAGCCAUGAGAGACCUCUUCACUCUGGUGGUCAAGUCGGGUCAUCACGUUACUAUGCACGCGUUGGUCUCUCGCGGAUGCCCCGGAGGCCCUCAGCUGCCUGAGACUCGGUCCGAACCAGGCAGCACUCCACCCCCACUCCCUUUGUCGACACGAAAACAGAACGCUCUGGUAGCCGUUGAGACGGCCUCAGAGACUGGUCAGAUCAUUUCAGCUCAAUUUGCCUAUUAUCCUUUGGGUCAACCACCGGGAUACAUGACAGAGAUCAACGCUUGCAUCGACUUCAUCGACGAAUCUGGAACUCUGGAUCGGAAGAAGAAUUUCUGUACAAAACUUCGUGGUGAUGGGGCCAAGGUUUUCAAAACCCUCGAAGGAGUUUUCGUGUCAUUCGCACCGGAUGAUGCGCACAUCACUCUGGACCUAAUGCUAUCGGCGAACAGUCCAACAGCGAGGGACAAGUGAAUGAUGCGGCGGAGCUAGACGCGACAAGUCUGGAGGAGGAAUGACGAAGCUUUAGAGAAUAGACAUUCUCAAGACCUGAUCUACGCAAAAAUACAUGCAAGCCGGGAGCUUGCAAAGGCAUAACUGGAUCCAUUUUGGACUCAAGGUGUACCAACGUCGGACCAGAGGUGACUCAGACUGUCGAGUCUGGAAUGAUAUUCAGCUGUAGCACAUGAUCAGCUCGAACUCGGC